AUGUGGGAGGCCUUUCUCUAUACAAGCUUUGGCUUAGCUGCGUCCUGGGUCUUCUCCGUCUUCCGCCAGCUUUUCCUGCACGACAAAACUGAGCCUCCUGCUGUCUUCCACUGGAUUCCGUACGUUGGCAGCGCCGUUGCGUAUGGUUCGGAUCCAGUGGCCUUCUUUGAGAAGUAUCGAGCCAAGUAUGGCGAUAUCUUCACCUUUACCCUCUUCGGCCGCUCUGUUACUGUCUACCUCGGCCCCGACGGAAACGAAUUCAUUUUGAAUGGGAAACACGCCGACAUAAAUGCCGAGGAAAUCUACGGGCCGUUGACGACGCCCGUCUUUGGCAAGGACGUCGUCUACGACUGCCCGAACGCGAAACUCAUGGAGCAGAAGCGGUUCGUGAAGUUUGGACUUACGCAGCGGGCGCUAGAGGGGCAUGUUGGGCUUGUGGAGGGUGAGGUGCUGAGAUACGUCAAUGACACCGAGGGUCGUGGUGGAUGGAUAGGAGAAGCGGGAGAAGUGGACAUCUGCGCCGCCAUGGCAGAGAUCACUCUCUUCACCGCUGCGAGGUCUCUUCAGGGACGCGAGGUCAGGGAGAAGCUGACUGCCGAGAUGGCGGAACUGUAUCACGACUUGGACAUGGGCUUCGCCCCGGUCAAUUUCCUCUUCCCAGGGCUGCCGCUCCCACGAAAUCGCAAGCGAGACAUUGCCCACGCCAAGAUGCGCGCCGUAUACCUCGACCUCAUCCAACAACGCCACGACCGCCUCACCGCAAGACCUCACAUUAUCGAGGAUGAGCAGAAAGAAGACGACGAACACGAACACGACAUGAUCACCAACCUGAUGCAGUCCGUGUACAAGAACGGCACGCCGGUCUCCGAUUCUGAGAUUGCCAACAUGAUGAUUACGCUGCUCAUGGGAGGGCAGCAUUCUUCGUCGUCAGCGAGCAGCUGGAUCAUGCUCGAGCUUGCGGCUAACCCAGACGUGGCGGAGGCGCUGUACCAGGAACAGCUAGACAACCUGCUCCCCUCUGACCACUUGCCCACCACGAGUAAGACACAGCUACCACCUCUGACAUAUGCUGACCUGGACAAGCUCCCACUUCUGCACAACGUGGUCAAGGAGACGCUGCGACUGCACGGCUCGAUCCAUAGCAUUAUGCGCAAGGUCAAGAACCCGCUGCGCGUGCCUGGGACACCGUACGUGGUGAGCACGGACAAGGUGCUGCUGGCAUCGCCGAUGGUCACUGCUGUCAGCGACGAGUUCUUUGAAGACGCAAAGAGAUGGAACCCUCGUCGCUGGGAUGCUACCGCGGGAGACAGCAAGAACAAAGAGGAGCCGAGUGACCAGGACACGAUCGACUACGGCUACGGGGCAGUGGCCAAGAGCAGCACGCGCAAUCCCUAUCUUCCCUUUGGAGCAGGGCGACACCGGUGCAUCGGUGAGAAAUUUGCAUAUCUCAACCUAGGCGUCAUUGUGGCGACAAUUGUGCGCGAGUUUGAACUGAGCACUCUUGAUGGUAGUCGAGGAGUCGUUCCUAAGACGGAUCACUCUUCCAUGUUUGCGAGGCCGGCUGCUGGGUCGAUGAUCCGCUGGAGGAGGCGGAAGUAG